AGACUUACUUGCCCGUCGCCAUGGUAACGUACACCGCCAGACACGCAUAGUUUCCCCCAAACUGUAUUAUAAAUUAUUCACAAAUUCCGAGUUAUGCCGCAGCCUCGUUAUGUUCACUAACUUAAACUAUUAGCUAAACGCUGCAGGCAGGCCCGGGCCCUGUUGGCUAUCUGUGUGUUAGAGGAAGGCCAUCACCACGUCGCCACCAUUAUGACUGUAUCGGUUGAAGACGUGUCUUCGUCCGUUGUACGGGAAUAUCUGAGCCGGAAGGGACUGAAGAGGACGAUUGCUUGUAUGGAUGAAGAACAUCCACGCACGACAUCCAGUAUCAACAACAGAUCUCAACUGAGGCAGCUUCUCAACAUAGAGGGUCUCUAUAGAAAUAAUAAAGCUCAGAUCUCCCCCCUGAAAACGUUACUGGAAAUGAUUGUAAAGCAUCACAUUGAGGGCCUUAAGAAUGAUCAGAUCACCAUCAGUAAAAGUGAUUCCCUGCAGUCCGCUGUGAGCUGGAACGCUGAUUCUCCUGCUGAGACACCAACAGUGACGAGUGGCACAGAGACGGAGAAUAACACCGCUUUUGUUAUUAGUAAACAAAUCAAAUCAAGGUCUGAUACAAGAGAAAUACGCCCGUCUCAAUCCACACUUACAUCAUUAUUGCCUAAGACAGAUAGAGCGCCCAGUCUAAAUCACACAGAAGACCCGUCUUGUGACUCAGAAGCCUAUAAACACCAGCCACUAACGGCAGCCUUACGGAACAAUGAGAGCGUCCUCAGAAGAGAAGCAGAAAAAACCACUUCCACCACUGAGAGCACCCAAAGGACCAGAAUUAAUCGAACAAGACGUGGCAUGAUUGCUGGACCAAUCGCUAGUACACUUCAGGAAGCAAACAAAAAAAAGCCGAACCGAAGGCUAGAAGUGCGGCAGCAGCUACUCGGUGGAGAACUAGAAAACAAGCGGUCAAGUGAUGGACUUUUAGGGACUGGCGUACAUCAAAAAACCUCAGAGAGCGGCCUGUCUGAAAUCAACUCGGCUGACUGCUUACGGGGCCAACGGGAGUUGUGGAGUGCACCAGACAAAGUGCAGAGGGAAAAGAGCUUUGAAAAAGUGCAACAAGACACGUUGACGACUACAAAAGUAAAGUCUUUGGCCAGGCAAAAAGUGGCUUUGGAUGUGGCUGAGAUGGUUUUAGAUGACAUUGAUGAUGAUGAGGAUCUGCGUGAGCUCUCCAGAGUGUCCUUUCAGAGAGCCGGGACCGAGCGCAGCUACGCAGGCCGCCCGAUGGACCAGCACACUGCCACGGAAUUGAAAGUGCUUCUCCUUGGUUCAAGCUGUUUCAGUGUUGAGUGGAGGAAUCAAGGGUUCGCAUUCUCAGAAACGCAUGACCUGAGAUAUGGAAUUGUGCAGAAAAAGGGUGGUCCCUGUGGAGUUUUGGCAUCCAUGCAAGCCUUUGUUUUGAAGAAACUGCUGUUUGAAAACGUUGAAAGCAGUAACACAGGCCUUCAGAGGCUGAGACCCUCCAACACGACCAGAAGAAAGGUUCUGGCUUCAGCGACGGCUGAGAUACUGUGGAGGGCGGGCGAGGAAAAACAGGCCACAAUUGCAAUCAAUUCAGGGAGGAAUCAUUUCACCCCAACUGGACACUUCAAAUCUGAAGGAGUCUUUGAAAAGAUCACAUGUUUCACCGUGGAUAACAUCAAAGACCUGCAGGCGCUGCUGGAGCAGCAUAUCGAUCAGUUUGAGACCGGGGUGUCAGGAUGCAUACUGCUCACCAUAUCUGCAGUUCUCUCUCGAUCCAUAGAGAAAGUAAGAGGCGAUAUGGACGUGCCCACCGCCACACUCAUUGGUGCCCACAGCUACUGCACGCAGGAGCUGGUCAACCUGUUUCUCUGCGGCCGAGCCGUUUCUAACGUCUUUGACGAUGACAUGGAGCUGGACUCCGGCCACGGCAACAUGACUCUGCUGAAGGGAGUCAAAGGCCCGUGUGACGUCGGCCUGCUGUCCCUGUUUGAACACUACAACAUCUGUAAAGUAGGAGUUCACCUGAAGACCCCCCGUUUCCCCAUUUGGGUGGUGUGCAGCGAGAGCCACUUCAGCGUGCUGUUCGGCCUGCAGAGGGAGCUGUUGACCAAUCGGGGCCAAAGCAUGGAGUUUGAACUCUACUAUUACGACGGACUGGCCAAUCAACAGGAGGAGAUCCGCCUCACCGUCUCUGUUGGGGAAUCGGCCCUGCGCUGUCAAGACGACGACACAGAGCUCAUCCCUCCGCUGGAGCACUGCAUCCGGACACGGUGGAAGAACGCGAUAGUCAAUUGGAAUGACACAGAGCCUAUUCUCUAAUUGAUCACAUGGUUUAACGUUAUUGUUCUAUGAAACAAUUCUGUUACAUAUAUUUUCUUCAUAUUGUAUCAUGUUUUCUUCUAGUUGGUAAGAUAAUUGUUUACGUGAAAUAAUGGCCUUAGUGUAAUACAUCUCACAAUCAGGAAUCAGGAAACAUUUAUUGCCAUAAUGAGUCAUACAUACAAGGAAUUUGACUUGGCGGUUGGUGCGUAACAGCAGACAGUACGACAAUGGACGACAAGACAAGAAUAAAAUAAAAAAAAAUGCUACGGGUUAGUUUAAAAUAGGAAGGAAUAAAAGUUAAAGUUAAAAAUGAGGGCAGGCUGCAGCGUGUCAUCCGCGCUGCCGAUGUAAGCAACUUCUUCCUAAAAGUUUAAAGGAACUGCUGCACAAUGCUGUGCGAUGCAGUACUGACCACAGUGGCCUUAUAUUCUAAUUUUUUCAUACAAAGUAGGAUGUAUUUUAAACCAAUAUAUCCAUUUUAAAUGUCUAAACUAGUUUAGUUCCCUUAUAAUAUUUUAAUCAAGAACACCAUCAUCAUGAUAGACCUCAUGUGGAACAGAAAAUGGUGAAAUUAAGAUUUAUUUAUGUUCCGCCAAAUCAAGUUACCUCAUUACAUUUUUCAUGUGCAGUUGCAGGCCUAAAUUGUUUUUAUUAAUUCAGAGUAAAAUCAAAUCAUUCACACCUCUUCUGUCUCCACACAAUGUUUUUUUUUUGGAUUAUGUGUCCUUUAAAUUAUCUGCAUUUAAUCUGCUGUCAAUUGAUCAAAUACUGCAAAGGGCAACUUCAGUAUUUUCCCCAUGGUUUUCCGUCUAGUGACUUAUGGGGACAACAAUUUUUUUAAUUGGCCCGGUACUGAGGGAGAAAGCGUCAACAGCAAAACGAUGAUCGCUGCAAUAAUACAGUUUACUCCAAUUCACUUUCAUGAAAAAAACACAACAACAACCCUUUGUGCAUUUGAGGAACUCUUUAAUAGUUGAUUAUUUCUUCAAAGCUUAAACAUGUUCCAAAUAAAGAAACCAACUCUAAAGUAACUGUGUCACACUGUGUCAGGGUAUAAAACACGUAGGAUGCCUUGCAGUAAAUGGCGCUUGGUCUCUUAGCCACAGUGUGGGGCACGCGGAGUGGGUGGCACGCAGACCUUUGCCAACACCUCCAGCACACCAAAGAUCAAAGGCGCUUCGGCUGGCACACAGGCCGUGCUGCGUUCAUUUCCACUUCCUGCCGAACUGUAAAAAUUGGACAAGAGUCCACAUGAUAUCUUGAAAGUGCAAUGUACAGUCACUAUAAAUAAAGUUGCGGGCUGAAUGAGGCUUUGGGGGUCUAAGAAA